UUAAGAGAAUAAAAUUGAAGAGCAAUGAGUACUAUUUUAAUGCUUUUGUUUCUCAUUAGCAUUAGCUUUUGUAUCAUCAAUUUCAAUGAUGGUUGCAUUGAGAGUGAGAGAGAAGCACUUUUCAUGUUCAAACACGAUCUCAUAGAUCAUGCAAACCGGUUAGCCUUCUGGACUCUUAACGAAGAUUGUUGCGGGUGGGUUGGAGUUGUUUGUGACAAUGUGACUGGCCAUGUGCUUGAGCUCCAUCUUAGAAAUCCGUCAUUAUCUUCUUCGGUAAGUUUUUAUGCCAAUGAUGCUGAAUCUGAAGCCUUUGAGAGGUCAAAGCUAAGAGGCCGAAUGCUUCAGUAUAACACAACUCUUGACUUGGUCAGAAGCAUAGAUUUUUCUUACAACAAAUUAUCAGGAGAGAUCCCCAUGGAAGUAACAAGCUUAUUGAGAUUGCAGGCAUUGAAUUUGUCACAUAAUCUUUUCACCGGACCAAUACCUAAAAAUAUUGGCCUGAUGGGAUUACUAGAAUCAGUUGAUUUCUCCGUCAACAAAUUGUCUGGUCCAAUUCCUGAAAGCAUGUCAACUUUGACAUUUUUGAGCUACUUAAACUUGUCUUACAACAACUUGAUCGGACAAAUUCCUUCGAGCACUCAGUUACAAAGCUUGGAUUCAUCAAGUUAUGUUGGCAACCAACUCUGUGGAUCGCCACUUCUAGACAAAUGUUCUGCAAAUGGUACAACUGAGGAUAUUGGAAAUGGAGGUGGAGAAAAUGACAACGGAUUUGAAACGGUUUGGUUCUGUUUAGGCAUGGCAUAUGGAUUUCCCGUUGGCUUUUGGAGUGUGUUUGGUCUUCUGGUGUUUGGUCCUUUCAACAUAUCAAACAAAUUUAGAAAAUUAACAACUCCCAAAAAGGCUCUAUUUGGUUAGUUGUUCAACAAAAUCAUGCAGAGUUAUUCAACUUGGAAACCCCACAUCUGGAGGGCAGACUCAUUUACAGGAAAUCUUCUGCACCAAGUCAUGAAAUGUAGAUUUCUACCCCUUUCAGAUUUUUGCUGAUCAGUUUAGUUGUGAUUUUCAACUUGUAUUAUUACAGUUUUUUGUAGCAAAGUAAUUUGGCAUUGCUUCUUUGCUUUUGGAAAUGCA